CGUGUGCACUGACUGCAGGUGCUCCAGUAGUCCUUAUAGGGCCGAGUCCUAGAUGGUAGGACUUUGUAGGACUCAAAAGUCCUAGAUCUCUGACCUCUACACUUUGUUCAAAGAGACUAACUACAUAGAGCAUUAGAAUCCUGUUCACACGAGAAUAGCCAAAGAACAAGAAGUAGAUGGAUUACAACAGCUUCACACAGCAUCAUUGUGUGACCUAACAAUAAGCUAUCGCCAUGGCCUUUCCGAUGCCGCCUCCGGCGCUUCCUUCAGGGCUUCCUGAACCCCGUGAAGCGCUACCAGUCGAAUCAGCGGAUGAAUGUAGCGAUUCCGAUGACUGUGACGAUUUCCACGACCAUGACGACUGGGACGGUCAGCCUUGGGAGGUAGUCUUUCCCUCGGACUCCCCACUUCUGGCAAUAACCUAUGAGUCUUCUGGCGGACUCUUUGAUGCCCUAAAGGGGUUCUGUAUUGAGAAUCGGAUGGGUCUCAUUACGUUACGAAGUCAAAAGGAUAAGGCGAAGACAAGAACGAUAAAAUAUGAGCUUGUCUGUGAUAAGAGUCGGUACAAUCCAAGGGAAUCCACUGCCAAAAUACGGAAUACGACUACCACAAAGUUGGCCGCCAACUGCAAGUUUAAGAUUAUCGCUCAAUCUCUCCAGACCAACAAUUACGAAUGGUCCAUGAGAAUUGUCAGUCCUCUUCAUCGAGAUCACAGCCGAUCGAAAAAUCUUACCGAGCACAACCAUUGGAGAAGGUUAACAGAGGAACAAAUGAAUCUUCUGGUAGAUCUUUGUCUUGACAAGACGACUUCCUGUCGAUGCGUUCAUAAGUAACUCUGUCAAAAGUGGCCAAAGAUUCCUAUUCGGAGAACCGAUAUUUACAACUGGCGAUGGAAAGUCAACCAGACCAAACGUCACGGCUACGGCCCUGCCAACGAAUUUGUACGGACGCUCUCUGAGUCGAAGAAAGUCUGGAUAUGGGGGCUAGACUGGAUUGGGGAUGAAUUCCGCUUUCGAAAUGCUGCUUGGGGAUAUCACAAAGGUGGCAAAAUAUGCCUUUGGUUACUGUUGUGGCCUUAUCCUCAGAGAAUACAUCUA